CAUACGAGUGGUGAAGGGUUGCCUGGAGACGGCGGAAACGUUAGGAAGCCGCGAUGGAGAAGUAUGAGAAAAUCAAAGUUGUCGGAAGAGGAGCUUUUGGGAUCGUCCACCUGUGCCGCAGGCGCAGUGACGGGGCCUUUGUCAUCCUGAAGGAGAUCCCAGUGGAGCAGAUGUCACGAGAUGAACGUCUGGCAGCUCAGAACGAGUGUCAGGUCCUGAAACUGCUCAACCAUCCAAAUAUUAUCGAGUACUAUGAGAACUUCCUGGAAGACAAGGCCCUCAUGAUAGCUAUGGAGUAUGCACCAGGUGGAACCUUGGCUGAUUACAUACAGAAGCGCUGUAACUCUCUGCUGGACGAGGACACAAUCCUUCACUUCUUCGUACAGAUCUUACUUGCUCUGUAUCAUGUACACAACAAACUUAUCUUGCACAGAGACCUUAAGACACAGAAUAUUCUUCUUGACAAGCACCAGAUGAUCGUCAAAAUUGGUGACUUUGGCAUCUCCAAAAUCCUUGUCAGCAAGAGCAAAGCUUACACGGUGGUGGGUACCCCUUGUUACAUCUCCCCAGAGCUGUGUGAGGGAAAGCCGUAUAACCAGAAGAGUGACAUCUGGGCUUUGGGCUGUGUGCUCUAUGAGCUAGCGAGUCUUAAGAGAGCCUUCGAGGCUGCUAAUCUACCUGCGCUUGUUCUUAAGAUCAUGAGCGGAACGUUUGCUCCAAUUUCAGACCGGUACAGCCCAGAACUUCGACAGCUCAUCCUCAACAUGCUCAAUCUGGAUCCAUCCAAACGGCCUCAACUCAACGAGAUUAUGGCUCUUCCCAUAUGCAUCAGACCCCUGCUUAAUCUCUACACGGAUAUAGGCAAUGUCAAAAUGCGGAGGAUUGAGAAGCCGCUGUCAACUGUGCAAACUGGUCCUCAAGGUAGAGGGGGGAGAGUUCCUUCAAACAGAUCCAGAGAUGGAUCAGUCGGUUUAGUCUCGGGGAAGGUGCAUAGCCUACCACUGUCAGCGGUGUACACGUGGGGAAGUGGGAUCUCGGCGCCUCUCCGCCUGCCGAUGCUCAACACUGAGGUGCUUCAAGUGUCUCUGGGCCGUACUCAGAAGAUGGGAGUGACUAAGUCUGGUCGUCUGAUUUCAUGGGAGGGUCCAUCAGUGGGAUCUGGUGAGGCCAGUCUGCCUGGUGUGGUGGAGCAGAUUCAGCCUCAGUUCAUUUCACGUUUCCUUGAGGGUCAGUCUGGAGUCACCAUCAAGUCUGUGUCCUGUGGCGAUCUUUUCACCACCUGCAUGACAGACAGAGGCAUUAUCAUGACGUUUGGAAGUGGGAGCAAUGGCUGUUUAGGACACGGUAACUUUAAUGAUGUCACACAGCCCAAGAUAGUCGAGGCACUCCUCGGCUACGAGCUGGUUCAGCUCUCAUGUGGUGCUUCCCAUGUGCUUGCUGUGACCAAUGAAAAAGAAGUAUUUGCAUGGGGAAGAGGAGACAAUGGUCGCCUCGGGCUAGGCACCCAAGACACUCACAACUCCCCACAGCAGGUGUGUUUACCUGGGGAAUUUGAGGCCCAGAGGGUGGUGUGUGGAGUCGACUGCUCCAUGAUUAUCAGCACCCAGUACAGUAUUUUGGCAAGUGGAAGCAACAGGUUCAACAAGCUUGGGCUGGAUAAGAUAGCAGCAGGAGAUGAACCAAGUCCAUCCAAUCAGGUGGAAGAAGUCCAUUCCUACUCUCCUGUCCAAUCGGCCCCACUCAACAGUGAGAAGAUUGUUCACAUUGACAUUGGCACAUCACAUUCUGUCGCUGUAACAGAGAGAGGUCAGUGUUUCACCUUAGGCAGCAACCAGCACGGUCAGAUGGGCUGUAGUUCCCGUCGUAGCAGCCGUGUUCCCUACCCGGUGCCCGGCCUGCAGAGCAUCUCCAUGGCUGCCUGUGGAGACGCUUUCUCCUUAGCUAUUGGAUCUGAUGGGGACGUGUACACCUGGGGAAAGGGGGCCCGAGGACGCCUCGGAAGGAAAGAAGAGGAUUCUGGGAUACCUAAGGCGGUGCAGCUCGACGAGAGUCACCCAUUCACUGUGACAUCGGUGGCUUGUUGUCAUGGCAACACUUUGCUGGCAGUGAAACCUUUGCUCGAAGAACCUGUCCCCAGAUGAUGCUGUCCUUAGAGCGAACCCUCGCCCACUCAUCGGCCGUCUGGAGGCCCAGCGGUGGCAUGAGGUGAAACUUCCUCUGGAUAGAACUCUUCCCAGAGGCCCAUCUGUGCUGAAGUUGAAAGAUUUCCUUUCACGCUGCAGCUGUGCCCUUGAAUUUUCACUUGCUCUUCCUCUCCCUGUCUAGUUUUUUUUUAUUCCAAAAAGAAAUGUUUGUUUCAUUUGGCGGUUUGACAGAAAAGAUUAAAACCUGUGUGGUUCAGCAGGUGUAACUCUCAUCCGCUCGGUUGAAAGAAUGUUGCAACAGUGUUACUGAAGAUGGGUUACAGGAAGUCAUUAGGCAGCGCUCACGUGGCGAGCUAUUGUCCUUACUGCAGAGAGUAACUAUGAUAAAGGCCACUAAAAGUGGAACUGGUUGUGAGCUCUCUUAAGCCACUGGUGAAUGAGGUGACACAAUGCAGAGAAAGCAACAGAAGCAAAGGCACUUGAAUGUCAUUAGUCGAGUGACCCUAACACAAUAAUCUCGAGCGCCUCAUCAGCUCUCACAUUGUGCUUUAUUGGAUUAGUCCUUAACUCGGCAGCAGCGUUCACAACAGAUAACGAUGUGUUUUCAACUGAUCAACGUCUUCGAGUCUUAAUGGAUGUGUCCGGAAAACCCCUGAAUAGUUUAUGUAUGAAUCGUCUCUUUUCUUUGUCUUUGCCACAGACAUGUAUGUCAUUUGGCCAAUUGUAUUAUUAGCACAAAGUAGUGUAAAAAAUAGUAAAAUAAGAUAAGAUAUCACUUUUUUUUAUCCUGAGGGAACUGUUUGUACAGCAGUUACAGUGCGUUGUAAGAAAGAGUGCAACAAUAAAUGAAGAAAAGAAUGAAAAGAUCAAUAAACAGACACAGAAUCCCAAGUAUAGGCAAUGAAAAAAUAUGUAAUGAUCGUAAGCUUCUACUAUACUUGGAGAACUAUUUUUGGGACAUAAAUGUCACACUCGACACUUUGGUCUCUCACAAAAACGUAAACAGAAAACAACGUGCACUAUACAAUAAAUGUGUGAUUUUAUAAACAUAUUUCAAAUGACAUUGUGUAAACUGUUUUCAUAAUAUGAAACUCUGGUGUAAGUCAAUGAAUAAAAGUACUUAAAUAUUUACAUUCAAAUAUAGAGGUAAAAUGACAGACGGUACAGAAAUUUUUGAAGGUUUUUCUUAAUUGUUAUUUUUACAUUUCCUAAUGAUAUAGGUUUUAUUGGCCCCUCAAAAAUAAAAAUAAAAUGAAACAUUCAUUGUCCCAGAUGUCCGUUGGUUUCUGGGUUAGGGUAUGUUUCUCAUGGCUGCCACCUGGAAAAGAAGAGUUAGAUAUUUAUUGCUACUGCACAUGUUGACUUAAACAAAAUCAUCAUUAGAAUGAAUAACUUGACCUAAGGUAUAAUGUUGGUUCUCUAAAUUAGUCUUUUAUUUCCUCAGCUGACAUUAUAUUGUAGUUAAACAGUGUUCUCUAGCUAUAUUCAUCAAGUUUCUGAUUCAAGGUCCAAUAUUUGUGCAAAUAUAAUUCGUUUUUUUUUUAGACAUUAUUCCUUAUUUAUUUAUUUCCUGAGGAAAUGGAUCCUCGACCUUGUUGUCUUGUAUGAUGACGUAAUGAUGAUGUAAUUCAGUGGCAAUACAGCAGGUAAAAAAAAAAAGUCUCAAUAUGUUGAUGUGCUCUUUAUUUCUAUGGUGGUAAAAACACUUCCAGUUGUGUUGUGUAACAAAAUGUGUCACGUUGUGUUAUAGUGUGUAUAGGCAACAGCCCAGUAACAUUACAGAGA